AUGUUCCUUGUCCGUCGUGUGCCGGAGGUUCCCCUGAUGAGUGAAAGCCACGCUGCCGAGUCAUCGAUCGAUAUCGCCACAAAGCCCAAAUAUCGAGUGAGAAUACAUCCUUCACUCAAGGGCCCUCGGCCCAUCUUCUUGAAUGAGGCAGCUGAUGAGUCCAUUGUCUGGCUGGCGACUGACUUAUGGAACAGAAAUACACUGUUGACUUACUACUGUUCUGAUAGUAUGGCGGCGGUCAAAAUAAUCCAUCACACUAAAUCCGCAUACCUGUCUCUGCAUCAGAUUGUUGAACGAUCGGGCCACAAGGGCAACUGGGCGAAUAGGAACCGCGGCGUGGUGCUUGUGUUCUGCAUCGUCUUCCUAGUCGUGGUUGGAAUCAUCGCCCUAUUUGCGUAUCGAAGAAUGUUGCAGCGAAAAGCCAACAAGGAGUCCUAUGAGACAACGAGUGAUUAG